AUGAGCCAGAUAUUUGGCGACCUCCCGGAAACACGUGUGUACAUUGACGAUGUGCUAGUGUGGGGUUCUACGCGAAAGGAGCACGAUGAACGCCUGUACAAAGCGCUAGAAAGGGCACAGGCAGAUGGCCUAACUUUGAAUGCAGAAAAGCGCAUUUUUGGACGCACUGAAAUCAGCUUCUUGGGUGAUAAGAUCAGUUCCAAAGGUGUGACGUUUGCAAGAAGUUUGCAUAUCGACAGCCUGACGAGCCCCUGUGCCAACGCACCGUUCCAGACAUGCCAUGGGUCCAAUGGACUCGCCGAGAAGGGCGUACAAGUGGUCAAGCGGGUUCUUCGCAAGAGUGAGAGCAAGAAAGAGGACUUUUAUUUGGGCCUUCUCAAUUACAGGGCGGACGACUGCGACGACACCCCUGACUCAUCUUCGAGCGCAGCCUCGCAGCAGCCGCCUGAACCUUCGCAGGCCGCACCGGAUCGACCACCAGCAGGCACAUCCGGCACACCUAACAUCCCAGAUUCACUAAGCGUCCGUCUUCGGGACAGGGAACGCCUCGGGUCGUUGCACGGCACGAGACCCCGGAACGGCCUGCUGCAGCCUCGAACCCGCAUCUACGCGCGAGGUUCGGGAGAGCGAGCGUCCGCCGCCGAGACGAGGAGCGCCUCGGGUCGUUGCCUUGCACGAGGCCUCAGGUCGGCCUGCCAGCAUCUUGGAACUACCUUCUACGCGCGAGGUUCGGGUGACCGGGCGACCGAGUGGCCUGUUCUCGUCUGCGGAGCUGUGGGCCGUCCACCUUUUCCUGCCCCAUGCUGCUGCGUCUGCUCUACCACGCCGGUCCUCAUCAUACCAGCGAGUGCUCCACCGCAAGGACUCAACGUCUCACCACACUCCGGACUUCAACCACAACCUCGAAGAUACAACGAUACGGAGGACCUUGCUGAGGUCGGCUUCGAGAGCUUGGACGAGUGGCGCCCGACCGCUUUCCGUCAGUGCAAGAAGAGACUGCCCAAGAAGGCUAUUCAUGAAGAACUCGAUGCCACUUCGGAAGACAUCGUUGGAGACGAGUAUGACUGCUUCGUGAGAGGAGCCACAGUUACCUCCAGCCCGUUGCUACGGCCGAUGCUGCAGCUCGUGCAGAAGAACAGGCUCGUGCAGCCGAGUGCAAGUAGCAACUGCGUACCGAGGAUCCGGCAGCUUACCAAGCCAUCGUUUAAUGAAGCGUAG